AAAAAGCAAAGGAACCAAAGAACGGUUGCACACCUCCUGUUUACGCCAUCAGCACAGUGUAUUUAGUGUCCUUCUCCACUCUGGACCUACAGAGCAGCUUCUGCGCCGCUGCUGACAUUGCAGAACAUCACCUGGGCACAGAGCUACUCCCUUGCAUGAGCCCUGCUAUGGAAAUCACACAGCAUUGGCAAAGAGGUGGACACAAGAGAUUGCUAUUUUAUUUGGGUACCAGUGCUUGGGAAAGCGAUUUCCAGCCCCUCUGCAGAACCAGCCCUCUGCACACCCAGGAGGCCAGCAGGGAGCUACUCAUGGGAGCACACAGGGAAGGGGAAGCAAGGCCUCAGUGAGGGUUGGUCUCCUUCCAACACAGCUCUAUUUGCCUCUUGAGUCAAGUUCAAAUAGCCAUGGCUCUGGGCAGAACCAGCAACAAGUGCUGCUCAGUGACAUCAGCUCAGGCAGCUCCAGCCAGCCCAGCCUUGGGCACCACACGCUGAUGUCACAGUGCCUACACAAGGCCAUCACAGUGAUACCUGAGCAUCUCCCACCCCAGGCAGUGUUGGUGGAUUUCCCUUGCCAACAGGCAGGUGAAAGACUGGCUCGCUGCACAAGUGGGUGCAAGCUCAAUCUUUGGUCCAAACCAGACAGGAGACACUGAAAUGGAAGCUUCAGCAGCAGAAACAGCUUCUGCUUCUGAUCUGGAGGAGCUGUUUGAGAGCUCAGACUCCGCUUUUAGUGAUCCGUCAGGACAGAACCAAGCAGCAACUGGUCACGCUGCUGGAAAAUCAAUAAUGGAAGUAAAGGACUCAGAAAUGGUUCCUGAUGAAGAGGAAACAAAAGGUUUACCUCUGAGUUCCUCCGAGGAAAGCACUGGCCAAGCCAGUGUCUUCUCACCCCUCAGCUUCCCACAGAAACUCUGGGUACUGGCUGAAUGUGACCAAGUGAAGAGCAUUUGGUGGGGUCACAGAGGAAACUGCAUUGUAAUCGAUGAAGAACUGUUUAUGGUGGAAGUCCUGGCCAAGGAAGCGCCUGUGAGAGCAUUUCGGUGUACAGGUAUGAAAAGCUUUGUUCGCCAGCUCAACCACUACGGCUUCACCAAAGUGCCACAGGACCUGGAAAGAUCUGCGUCCCUUCCUGAGUUUCUGGCUGAGGAAGAAGCAAGUGCUGCCUGUAGGAAGUUACUUCUCUACUCCAGCCCAUUCUUCAGAAGAGAUUACCCAUGGCUCCUGGAGCACUGCAAGAGAAGAGCGGCCCUGAAGAGAAGAGCUGUCGCUGCCCCUGGCCCUGCCCCUGGCCUUGAGCUGCAGGAGGCUCUGAAUGAGAGCCCCCAGAGGAGCAGCCCAGGUGCCCAGCCCACACAGGGAGCAGCUGCUGGGCCUGAGAGGAGCCUGCAGGCAGUGCAGCCACAAGGCACACAGGCAGCAGCACCCAUGGGGCCCCCGCCAGCCAAGCGCCCCAAGAAUGACACCCCUGGGGCCCCAGCUUACAGCCUGCCAGGCCCCGCUGCAGCACCAGCACUGGAACAGUGCCGGGCUCUGCCCCCCUCCACACCACCACCGAGCAGCAGCCAGAUGCUGGGUGCCACUUGUGCUCCUCCAGCACACGGCUCUCUGCCCUUCCUGCUCCCCUCUUUCACACCUGGCCAUCCUCAGCAGGAGCUCCCCCAGCCCCCAGAAACACCACAGCUGCAGGCUCCCUGGGACGCCCUGCCUUUCCUUGGCUCCUGCUUUGCAAUGGCCAUGAGGGUAGCGGCCAUGAUGAUGCCACCGGACUGGCAGCCCCAGGCAGCCCUGCACUGCCCAACGUGCACCUGCAGCCAGCACCAGGCAGCCCCGCACUGCCCAACGUGCAGCUGCUGCCAGCACCGGGCGGAUGCCGGCCAUGGGACAGCCCCAUAGUGCGGGACCCACUGCAGGCAGCACCACAGCAGCCCUCACUUACUUAUUCCUAGUCUGUAGUAGUUCUGGAAAUAGCAUGUUGCAGUUAUUACCCUUCUCAGUUCUCAUGCCCCUUUUUUUGUGUACUUAUCUAUUUACUCAUUUAAUAUUUCUGGAAAUAAGAAGUUUAU